AUGGCAACAGAGAGAGUGCUUCACAUGAAGGAUGGUGUAGGUGAAACCAGCUACACAAAAAACUCCUUACUUCAGAGAAAAGUGAUAAUGAAAGUGAAACCCGUUCUUGAAGAGAAUGUGAAACGGUUGAUGUCAAAUAUAUCUUUUGACAGCUGCUGGAGGGUAGCAGACCUGGGAUGUUCCUCAGGACCAAAUUCACUUUUAUUUGUGUCAAAUAUCUUAAGCAUCAUGGAUAAUGAUAGCAUUUGCUUGGACCAGCGUGUGCCACGUGUAUUCCAAAUUUACCUAAAUGAUCUUUUUGCGAAUGAUUUCAACACCAUCUUCAAGUUGAUACCAGAUUUUUAUCAAAGUAUUCAUCAAGAAGGACACAAUCUUAGAACAUGCUUUAUUCAUGCAACACCUGGAAACUUCUAUGGAAGGCUUUUUCCUGACGAUUACAUUCACGUCUUUCAUUCCUCCUACUGUCUCCACUGGCUGUCUCAGGCACCAGAAAGUUCGACCAGUGAACCACUUAACAAGGGAAAUGUUUGUGUAACAUGCACAAGCCCUCCUUCAGUCUAUGAAGCAUAUUUUAAACAAUUUGAAAAGGAUUUCAAACUUUUUCUGAAAUCACGUUCAGAGGAACUAAGGUCCGAUGGUAUUAUUGUACUUACUUUCCUCGGCAGGGAGAAAUCUCAAAAAAUUAGUUCUUCUUGGGAGCUAAUUGGUGUUGUACUUAACAACAUGGUCCAAGAGGGUCUGGUUGAAGAGGAAAACUUAGACUUUUUUUAUCUACCUAUGUAUGAUCCUACAACUGAAGAAGUUACGCACGUGAUUGAAAAAGAAGGAUCUUUUACCCUUCACACGUUAAUGACUUUUAAAAUAGGUUGGGAUGCAAAUCUUCAAGAGGAUGUUGAUGAUUCAAUACUUGAUAGUAAAACGAGAGCAGAGUUCGUAGCCAAGUACAUCAGAGCUGUUUUCGAACCCCUCUUAUUAGCUAAGUUUGGUGAAGAUAUAAUGGAUGAAUUGUUCUCAAGAUAUGCAAAGCUGGUCACCCAACACAUAGAGUUAGAGACAAUGGAGUACACAAAUAUAGUCGUUUCCAUGACCAAAAAUUCUUGA